CCCCUCCCACCGUGCGCGUUCACGGAGUGACGUCACCAGAGGCUCCCUCCCACUAGUACGAGGCUCCCGAGGUGAUGCUGCGCGAUCCCUGAAAAUGUUGCGCAGGUUGUAAUGCAAAGAAGAGGAGGAGGAGAAGAAGGAGCAGCGUCGGCGGGAGCGGUCCGGGAGUCCUGCACAUCUCACCGCCUGCAUCACUGAGGGAGGAGGCCGAGCAUUCUGCAGCAGCAGCAGCCUAGUGCACCACAAGAAGAGGCAGUCAUUGCGAACUUGCAAGAAGUAGGACACGGUAUCUGAAGAGAAAGGGAGCUGUGUGCCCGGACUGCGGCAGUGGGCACCUCCAGAUUUAGGAAUUAGGCGGCCUGCUAGGAGAAGGGGUGUGGGCAUCCGAAGAUUAGCACCCAUACUGCUAGGAAUAAGUGAAGGAGAAGACUCAGCGCCCCCAGCUGUGGCAGCGUACUGGCAGGCACGUAGUGUGGCACGGCACCCUUGGCACUCGUGCAUUGCAGAGAGGGGGGUGUGUCAUCUGCCUCUCUCACUCUGCAAUAGAAGAGAAGCCUCUAUCUGCAUUGAGAGGAGGGGGUCUGUCUGCUAGUGGACUGGAGACCACCUGGCACAGAGAAACAACGCCAGAUAUUGGCAUGGAGCUGUCUGCCAUUGGAGAGCAAGUGUUUGCAGUAGAGAGCAUUCGCAAGAAGAGGGUAAGAAAGGGUAAAGUGGAAUAUCUAGUGAAGUGGAAAGGCUGGCCCCCCAAGUACAGCACGUGGGAACCAGAAGAACACAUUUUGGACCCACGUCUUGUUUUGGCAUAUGAAGAAAAGGAAGAAAAAGAAAGAGCCUCUGGGUGCAGAAAACGAGGCCCAAAACCUAAACGCCUCCUACUGCAGAGGCUUUAUGGUAUGGACCUACGCAGUGCACACAAGUCCAAAGAGAGAAAACUCUGCUUUUCCUUGUCUCGGAGGUUCAGCAGUGGUCUCGGCUCUAAACCCACAACAACUUCCACAGUGCCAGAGAAAGCCAAAUCACUGCAGUUCCCCCUCAGCAAGCAGCGUAAAGGGAGGAAGUUUUUGUGCCUCUCACGCAAGAAGUUUCUACGCGUAUCAACCUAUGAGCCACUGACUCGCCGAACAGAUUUCUUUGCCAAGGAGGAUGAAAAGGAAGAAGCUCAAAGCAUCCCUGAUUGGCAUGAAGAGAAACCAGCAGAGGAAGAUGCACAUGAAGACGAAACGAUGCAUGAGGCUGACAUUAAGGCUCUGGAGCUCACAGAAUCGAGAAGGAGGGAGAGAUCCCACUUACAGAAAAGCUGGAGGCUCGGUGAUCUUCGGAAGCAGUGUAGAAAUGACACAAAAUCAGAUACCGCUCCUCUUUGGCUCCCUGCCCUCCCCUUGCCCAGUGAGAUUACUGUUACAGACAUCACUUCAAAUUCCAUCACGGUGACUUUCCGUGAAGCCCGAUGUGCAGAAGGCUUUUUUCGGGACCGCAGUGGUGAAUGCUAGUUGCUGUAAUCAUUCUUUUCUCUUCCUCCCCUGAAAUGAAGUAUACAGACUAAAAAUAACAGUAAACAAAGGAGAGAUUCCUCCAUAAAAAGGCCUGUAUAACAGUGCAGAACAGUGGUCCUGUUUUAGGAAGAGUGUGUUUUUUUUUUUUUUUUGGUUUUUUUUUGUUUUGUUUUUUUCCCCCGACUCCAGAAACUUCAUUAACAUUGCUUACAUUGUUUCCUGAAUAACUAGAAGGCUUCAACAACUGGUCCUUCUCUUUGAGAAAGUCACAUGGAGAUAUUCUGAUAUACAGAUGCUGUUUCAUAUGGUCAUUGUAAAUGAUGGCUGCUUUGACAGUAUGUAGUUUGUGUUUGCUUUUAUUCGGAAGUAUGAAGCUGUGCUCUUCCUGUGCAUGGAUGGAGAAUUUAUCUUUCACAUGGAUUUUAGAGAGAGAAGUUGCAUUUAUAGUACAUAAAUGGAAAACCUGAAAUAACGCAUCACUUUCAUGCAUACAUCCUACACUUUGUACUAUAACUCUAAUAGGAAUACUCAUGAUUGAACGCCAUGCAUAAUGGCAAUGUGUAUCCAUCAAUGGUUUAGCUACAGUAAUAUCCCAUGCUGAUACAGCAGAUGAAAUCUGUGUAUCCAUACAGCACCUUAGGAGUACCAAACUGAAAUUACUGCACUUACACUCGGUAUACUACAUAAUAGACCUAUGUCCGCAUAUAAAUAGUGUAACAUUUGCAGCUGUGCUAAUGAAACUUGGUUGAUAACAAAGUCAGAGUUCUUGAAUUUUACAGCUUAUAUUAUACAUGUGUGCUACAGAUGUCUAUCUGAUACUAUAUGCACAGGAUCUAUAUGUACCCCUGCUUGUUGGCUACAGACCACAAUGCCCAGGUCAGUCUAUUAUCCUGAUUGGUUAAUCGUUUGCUAUACUGUAGUAGCUAAUGACGCAUGCAUCUGCACUGACUACUAGUCCGUCACUGUUUUUGUAAACGCAAAGUGUGUAGCAACACAUACAUGUCUAUUUCUGACUGAGCAGCAGUGAUUCAUUAAUACAAAUAAGAACCAUGAAGCUACUGCUAUUUACCAUGUAGAAUACAUUGCUGUAUAUCUGGAUACAGUUGCUGCUUUACUUACUGGUUUGCUAAUACCUUUGUAUUUCAGGCCUCUAAGGAAAACCUUAAAAAAAAAGUAUUUUCUAGUUCUAUUUCUAGUAUGAAAUAUGAAAUGCAGAUAGUUACAUGAAACUUCUCCUUUAGCAAUAAGAGCCUAUAAAGGGGGAUGUCACACAGGUUUUUGGGGCAUUUUCUUUAACCAAAACCAGAAGUGGGUUGGAAAGAAAUUUGAAAUAUAAAGAUAGCACUUACACGUCUCCUCCCUGUUGGAUCAACUCCUGGCUUUGGCUCAAAAAAAAAACAAAAAAAAAAAAGCUUUGUGUGACACCAUCACUAGAUUAAGUAUCGUAAAGGGAACCUGUCACCCCCUUUAUGCUGAAGUAAUGACCGACAUGGUGAAACAACAAUCUAUCACUUGUCUGCUAAUGUAAAGUGGCUGCUGUGAACUUAAGCCCUGAUUUAUCAACAGGACAAUUUUGAAAGUUGUCUUCACAUUUGUCUGUCUGUGUAAAGGUAACAGUCUGUGUGCCAAAUUUAGGAAAGUGGCAUCCAGCACUUGUUAUUUUUAGCACAGGCAAAGCAUCACAUUGUGGCUUAUUGUCGCCUGCCACAGCCCAGGUCAGGAGUGGAGAGCAGCUGAGACUUCCCCAAUAAUAAAUCGAUAAAUGUGUCUUACACUAAAAAGAACAAAAGUCGCAAUUUACUCCAAAAUAAAUACAAAGCCAGUUUGAUAAAUCAAUAGUUUAAUGCUAACAGUGCUCACCAGGUCCAGUGAAGAGACCAGGUUAUUCAUGACUCCCUGAUUUCCCCUACUACCGUCCUGUUAUUGGGGAAACACAUGAGUACUUGUGACCGUUCUCUGGUGACUCUUCUCCGAAGGGUCCUGUCAUUAUUCAACUGUAAGUUCUCAGCAGCCAUUUUACUCUAGCAGAUAAGUGACAGGUAACUGAUUUCAACAUGUCUGGUGGUGACUGGUUUCCUUUGAAAGGGAUGUGUCACAAUGACAACCCUAUCCAUAUGCCCUGUAGAACAUAUGGACAUCAUAGAAAGGGCUCCCCAACAAUGAGACAGUACAGAGAGCCACAAAGUAAGAAUGGCUCCAACAGCUUCUGUUUUAAUGUGUCAGCACUUCCAAAGGGCGGCCCCAAGAGCUGAACUACAGACCACGAGUGAG